AUGGGGAAGGAGGUAGCGGUGGUGCUGGAGCCGCCACGGCCCAAGUCGCCGCCGAGGUACCCGGACCUGUGCGGCCGGCGGCGGCUGCAGCUGGAGUUGCAGAUCCUCAACCGCGAGUUCGACUUCCUCAAGGACGAGCUACAAUCACUUGAAGGAGUUCCACCAGUUUCUAGAAGUUGUAAAGAGGUAAAUGAGUUUGUUGGUACAAAACAAGACCCACUACUACCGAUACGCACAGAUCUUGCCAUCUUUUUUGGUGGAUCAGAUCAAAAUUGUGCAUAUGCGUGUCAUGGUUCUGCUGCUCCUGCCAUUGCUUGCCCAACUGCAAAAGACCUUGCUGCUUGGAUUGCUCCUGCUGCUCAUGCCCAGAUCUGUCAUGCUGCAAGCCCAGCUGCAAAUCAUGCAACAAGCCCUGCUUUGGGCCCAACAGCUGUUCAUGCUGUGACACAUCAUGCUGCAAGCCAGAUUGUCCAUCCUGUAGUUCGAGCUGCAGCUCGUGCUGCAAUCUGUCGUGUCGCAAUCCGAACUGUAGCUCGUGCUGCACCUGCAAUCCAUCAUGUCCAUCCUGCAGCGCGUGCUGCAAUCUGUCGUGUUGCAACCCGAACUGUAGCUCGUGCUGCACCUGCAAUCCAUCAUGCUGUAAACCAAACUGCAACUCGUGCUGCAGACCAAACUGUAGCUCGUGCUGCAGACCAAACUGUAGCUCGUGCUGCAGUCUGUCAUGCUGCAAACCGAACUGCAGCUCAUGGUGGAAACCGAGCUGCAGCUGCUUCAAGACCCUCUCGUGCUGCAAACUCCAGUGUAGCCCAAACUGCUGCACUUGCAGCCUCCCACGCUGCUCCGGCUGCAACCCCUGCGGCAGUUGCAAGCAAUGCUGCUCAUGCCCCACCGACUGCUGCAACUGCAAGCCAAGCUGCGGCUGUUUCAGCGCGCAAUGUUGCAGCUGCACGGCAUGCUGCUCGUGCUCAAGCUGCUUCGGUUGCUUCAAGUCCUUCAAGUGCUCCAACCUGUUCGGGUGCUGCUCCUGCAAGCAGUGCUUCAAGUGCCAGUCCUCGUGCUGCAAGGGGGCGCCGUCCUGCUGCAAGUGCCAGUCGUCGUGCUGUGAGGGUGAAGACGGCAGCAGCUGCUGCCGGAGGUCAUGCUGCAGUGUUCCGAAGCCGGCUUGCCCUGGGUGCUCGUGCGGGUGCGUUUGGUCCUGCAGGAAGUGUACAGAAGGGUGUCGAUGUUCUGGGUGCCGCAAUCCGUGCUGUGCCACUGGAUGCCCGUGUUGAGGUUGAACUAGACGUUUUCUUUGGUUGUUAUUUUUUGUGUGCGCCAUUUUAG